UGAAAUGAGGUGUGCUUGUUUUUAAAAGAGCUGCUGCAGGUCAGCCACAGAACAUCGGAGGACAGCCAAAGAGAUUGCUUCGUCUUAUAGAAGAGUUUUACACACUUUUAUUAAAAAUGCUGAGCAGGGUCUUGUUUGCCUGCGUGUGUCUGGGUCUGUACAGCGCAUGCUCCUCUCUGAGCUGCAGGUGGAUGGAUAAAAAAUUCAGCCAGUUCAGUGGAGCAUCCUUAGACCUGCUGGAUAUGAUGGCUGAUCAUCAGAUCAGUGAGGAUGAAGAAGUGAUUAUUAUUCCUUUCCCUCAUUAUCUUUACCGCCAAGCUUCCAGAGCCCCGAUGGAGGAUAAAGUAGCGUUCAUGGUCCAGAUUCUGAAGGAGGUGUCCUCCCUGUUUGAGGAGGACCAUGUCUCGUCAUCAUGGGAGGAGGUCACAGAGGAGAACUUUCUCAGUGUCAUCAACCAACAGGCAGAUGAGCUCCACUCCUGCGUUGGAGGACACAGGUGGACAAACACGAGGCUCCACAUGUAUUUCAAGAGACUCUCACGCACUGUUUUUGGACAAAUGGGCCACAGCCGUGAAGCCUGGGAGCUGGUUUUGAAAGAAAUCAAAGCUCAUCUGAUCAAAGCAGACCAUCUGGUGUCAUCUUUAGUCACUAGAAAUUGA